AUAUAUCUCCUCCUAACUAUGUAAAAGAGGAAUUGGCAAAAGCAUCAUCGGUGGAUAGGCUGAACCAGUACACCCGGGGGUUUGGUCAUCCAUCAUUGGUGAAAGUCCUGUCUCAAGUGUAUGGAAAAGUUUGUAGAGAACAGAUUGAUCCACACACGGACAUUCUGGUGACAGUAGGGGCAUAUGGAUCCCUGUUUAGUGCAAUACAGGGACUUAUUGAAGCAGAUGAUGAAGUAAAGAUCUGUGAAUGGAGAAGUUGCUUCUAGUGGUGACUGGAUCUUGGAUCCAACUGAGCUUGCAAAUAAAUUUAAUUCCAAGACCAAAGCUAUUAUAUUGAAUACACCUCACAAUCCCAUAGGAAAGGUCUAUACAAAAGAAGAGCUCCAGAUAAUUGCUGAUCUCUGUAUUAAGUAUGAUACACUGUGCAUCAGUGAUGAGGUGUAUGAAUGGAUAGUUUAUACAGGAAAUAAGCAUAUUAAAAUAGCUACUUUGCCUGGAAUGUGGGAGAGAACAGUAACAAUAGGAAGCGCUGGAAAAACAUACAGUGUAACUGGCUGGAAGAUUGGUUGGUCUAUCGGUCCCUCACAUCUGAUAAAGCAUUUGCAGGUUGUUCAACAAAAUACCAUUUAUACUUGCCCAACUCCAUUACAAGAGGCUGUAGCCCAAAGCUUUUUGCUAGAUUUCAAACGCAUGGAUGAUCCAGAGUGCUAUUUCUACUCCUUGCCUAGAGAGCUGGAAAUUAAACGAAACCGAAUGGCUCAGAUGUUUCUGGAAGUUGGACUGAAGCCUGUUAUUCCCGAGGGAGGAUAUUUUAUGAUUGUUGAUGUAUCCACACUAGGUAUAGAUCUGUCUGACAUGGAAAAAGAUAAAUCUUAUGAUUAUAAAUUUGUGAAAUGGAUGAUUAAAUCUAAGAAACUGUCAGCUAUUCCUCUGAGUCCAUUUUGUGGCCCAGAAACCAAAGGUCAAUUUGAAAAAUAUAUUCGCUUUUGCUUCAUCAAGAAAGACAGCACAUUAGAUGCGGCAGAAAUGAUUCUGAAGAAUUGGAAGAAACAAUGACUUAGAAAUAAAUCAUCCAAAAGGGGAAAAACCCCAAACCAACAAAUUAUUUUUUUUAAGAUUGCAGUAUGCUGCCAUCUGCUGGAUAUUUAGCAUUAAUAAUUGAAAAAAAUAUUGAUAUUGUUAUCCUCCAAGCCAAUAGCUUUUUAAAAAAAAAAAUU